CCAGUACCGCGUCCUCGAACCUCAGAAUGUCCGAGACUGCUCCCGCUGCCGCGCCCGCCGCCGCGCCCCCGGCGGAGAAGACCCCUGUCAAGAAGAAGGCUGUUAAGAAGCCUGCGGGGGCGCGCCGCAAGGCCACCGGGCCCCCUGUGUCCGAGCUGAUCACCAAGGCCGUGGCCGCCUCUAAGGAGCGCAGUGGGGUGUCGCUGGCCGCGCUCAAGAAGGCAUUGGCGGCUGCUGGCUACGAUGUGGAGAAGAACAACAGCCGCAUCAAGUUGGGGCUGAAGAGCCUGGUGAGCAAAGGCACCCUGGUGCAGACCAAGGGCACCGGUGCCUCCGGUUCUUUCAAGCUCAACAAGAAGGUUGCUUCCGGGGAGGCCAAGCCCAAAGCCAAGAAGGCGGGCGCUGCCAAACCCAAGAAGCCCGCAGGGGCCACCAAGAAGCCCAAGAAAGCUGCGGGCGCGGCCGCCCCCAAGAAGAGCGCCAAGAAGACCCCCAAGAAAGCUAAGAAGCCCGCCGCUGCCGCUGGCGCCAAGAAGGUAGCCAAGAGUCCAAAAAAGGCUAAGGUCGCCAAGCCCAAGAAGGUCAAGAGCACGUCCAAGGCUGUGAAGCCCAAGGCCGCCAAGCCUAAGGUUGCCAAGCCCAAAAAGGCGGCGCCUAAGAAGAAGUAGACUUAAACUGCUUCUCCAACCCCAAAGGCUCUUUUCAGAGCCACCACUGAUCUCCCGAGGAAGAGCUGACACUUGUUUACUCCUAGCGCUGCCGGGGCGUGUCCGUGCGCUGUGGGCCAAUCCUAUGAUUGGUCUUCCCACCCCUCGUCGGCGCCCUGCCUAGCUGCCAGGCUAGAGACCUUGUCCGCGGUGGUGGACUUGGAUGGCCACCCUCAGCUGUUAGCUGCGAGAACCAGUCUCCGUGUCGGAUAUUCGUAUAGAUUGGACUAAGGGCGAUUCGAAAGUCCCGCCCUGAGCCUGGGUUGGUCGCCCAUCGGGCCGCAGUUUCUCCGGUGUCACUUGGCGUAGACCAGAGUAAUCUUCCAGGUUUUUUUGCAGCAGUCCUGCUGUAAAAGACAGAACUGUGACUUCGCGGGCACUGAGAGGAGGGUGCGGUGCGCUCGGCAGCUGCGUCCUACGAACACAUGAAGGGGUGAAUUGAGACGCUGUGGUGAUGGCAGAGGUUCUGUCUUCCCCGCGGGCGAGGGUGAAGGGUGGACCAGUAGUUGCCCCUUAACUCCGAGCCUUGUCCCCAGAUGUGACGAGUUUUGGUUGCUGCAAACGUACGUCUCGCUUAGUCUUAAACAGGUUUUCUAAGUGUUUAUUUGUGCAUCUAAAUAUUUCUACGCAAAGCAGAACAAAGUACUAACUGGAAUUGCGCGGACGCGAUGCUUGUUUCCAAUAAAAGGCUUUAGUUUUCAUUA